GAACCCGCCAUUGUAAGGGGACGACCCAAGCAAUUACACACUUAAUUAAAGAAUAUUAUUGAGUGGAUACAUUUUUCCGAUUCAUAGUUCGUUCUUGGUCCGCCAUCUGAUCCGGUUAAUCCCAUCAUUGGUGCUUCCAUUGAGAGAAACUGUGAGAUAAAACUGUGAGACUAUGGCCGGACGAAGGACGAGACGUAACAACGCCACUUCCGCCCAGUCGACGGUGAGGAGUGACCACCCUGAACAAGGCAUGAUCGUUCCUGUCAAUGGGCUGGAAACAGCGUUGAAUAAUGUGGCUAACAUGAUGGCCAACAUUAUGGAACGCUUGGAUCAGGCUCUUCCUGGCCCAUCCGGUACCCGGAAUAUCCCUGCCGGGCAGCCCUGCCAGGUCCUGCGUACUGCCAGUUCUCCCAUCCUCCAGGAACUUCAUGACCCGGAGGAGGUCGAGAGGGAGAGACAGGCCAUCGUCAGGCACCAGGCAGAGGAGAUGGCCCGAAAUAAUAGGGCGAAGGGGAAUCGAACCAGGGCUGUGAGUCAAAUCAUAGGUAACGGAAAUGAGAACCCGCAGGGGACAGUAUUUGAAAGGAUAUCUCACCAGAGGGCUCACGUUAGUGAGAGGCUGGAGAAGAAUCCGGACAAGGCGCCCCAGGGUUGGGUACGACCCCAGGCCAGCCAAGUGGCAUCCUCCAACCGCGAACCACGGCAGCGAGCCGGCCGCGGUGGGAGCCAAGCCCCGAUCCGGUCAUUGGUGGUCUUGGACGAGGAAGAAGUUCAGAGUCAGGCCAGGGUCCCAGCACCGCAGCGUCUAGGGCCGCAAGUACCGGAGGCUGGCGAGUUCCAGGACUUGAGGCAGCAGAUCUAGGAGAUGCAGAGGAAGAUAAACAGGGGACGAGUAUUCACUACCCGGAUGAAUACUCCGCUCGCCCCCGAGAUCUUUGCGGAACCAUAUCCGCAGGGCUUCAAAAUGCCAUUUGUCAAGCGUUAUGAUGGGGAAUCGGAUCCCCAAGAACACAUAAAUAGCUAUGUCCAGG